UCUUUCUCAUCUCUAGCUGAUCAAGUCAUCUCACACUUACACACCUCGAGGAUCCAAGUCCAACCGGGUUUAACCGACUCCGAAUUCGCCAUAGCCGAAGCAGAGUUCGCAUUCGCUUUCCCACCUGACCUCCGUGCUGUUCUCACCGCCGGUUUACCCGUCGGAGCUGGUUUCCCAGACUGGCGUUCUCCCGGAGCUCGUCUUCAUCUAAGGGCUAUGAUCGAUCUUCCCAUCGCCGCCGUCUCGUUUCAGAUCGCGAGGAACACUCUCUGGAGCAAGUCUUGGGGUUUACGACCGUCCGACCCGGAAAAAGCUUUACGGGUCGCGAGGAAUGCUCUCAAAAGAGCUCCUUUGAUGAUACCAAUCUUUGAUCACUGCUAUAUUCCUUGUAACCCGUCUUUAGCGGGUAACCCGGUUUUUUACAUUGACGAGACCCGGAUUUUCUGUUGCGGGUCGGAUCUUUCUGAUUUCUUCGAGCGUGAGUCUUUGUUCAGAGGCUCCGGCACGUGUCCGGUUGUUUUAACUAAGCAGCGUUCGGUUAGUGAGAAAUCAGCCGGGCCAUCUUCGUCGUCUAAUUUUUCAAGAAUGAGUUUAGAUUCGGGUCGGGUUCAUGGGUCGGGUACACCGAGAUGGGUUGAGUUUUGGAGUGACGCGGCGGUUGAUCGACGGAGGAGAAACUCUGCUUCUUCCAUGUCGUCGUCACACUCUUCGUCGCCGGAGAGGUUUCUAGAU